UCGGUGAGCUGUGUUUUUGUUUAUGAUUUGAUUUAAGAAAAAUAAACUUGCAGUUCUUAAGUCCUGAGUUUCCUUUCUGCCUCCUGACCACCAUCGACAUCCAUCCACUCUACCACAAUUUGUUUCCUUGACUGUAUCAGAAAUACAUGUGGAACAGAAACAGUUCAGUAUUAUUUCCCCAUAUCUAUUUAAGGGACUGUGGUAAUUCCAUUACUGUGAUAUUUCGUUCUGUUACAAACAGAUGACAUUCAUACUGUAAGUAAAGUUAUUGGACAGCUUUCAAAAAUGAUUUGGGAUAUUAAUUUAAUAAUGCUGUUUUUUGCAGUUGGAGACGUUCUGCUGGUUUCGACAGGGCUGAUCCAGGGGUGUCCUGGAAGAACUUGAUCUCCAACAAUUUCAGAUUCGACGUAUUUAUAUUACCGUGAAAAACACCAAUUGGAACAAUUCCGUACAGCGAUGCUUCAAAUUAGGAAAACAUCUGUAGUGGAAGGGGAGACCGUUGCGUUCAGAUGUAUGAUAUCAGCUGUGCAUAGAGAACAACCAAACAAGGAGAGGAAUUGGUUCCAUUUAUAUAAAAACAGAGAGAAGGUCAGCUCACUGCCAGAGCCCGGAGGAAUAGCAGCUGUCACAUUUAUAAAAGAAGACAUCACAAAGAAUGGCACUGGAAACUAUACCUGCAUGUAUGGAAAUCAGAAUCCAGGAGAUGUGAAAAACAUCAGCCAUGGUCCUCCGAUUUACCUGAAUGUACAAGAGUCACAGUAUUCACUCAUGCUUCAGCUAGACCAACAGAGUGCAAUGGAAGGAAUGGAUGUAUCAUUUAAAUGUAUGAUACCAGUUGAACUCAGAGAUGCAAUACAGAAAGAUGGGUUUUUCGAUUUGUAUAAAAAUGGAAGCAUUGUCGAUUCACAACCCGUUCCCAAAGGCUUACCAGCUGUCACGUUUUCCAUUAAAAAAGUGAAUAAGAGUGAUACUGGAAACUACACCUGUGUGUAUGGAAAAGAGAAGAUUGAAAACUCAGCAAACAACAAACGCAGUCGCCCAGUCUACCUUGAUGUGACAGAAUGCUUGACAAGUCCAACCACAUCCGCCAAGUCCCAACAAAACAAUUCAACAGAGUCAUACGGGCUGGGGAAUGACAUCAGAAUCUUCCUAUCCCUGGGGAUCCUUCUUGUGCUCUCAGGUAUUGUGGGGGAAGACUUCUAUAGCAGACAGAGGAAGCACCACGGGGAAGACACCAAUGGAUAAUAAACAGGCCCAUCCUUCAACGCUGUCCUUUGAUCUGCAGUGCAAGUGGAACACAUCUUGUAAUAUGACACAAACAACUCACAAGUUACAAAGAAAUAUCCUGCGAGGAAAAGGAGAGAUCUGCAAAGAGCCCCAUGCUGUGCAAGCAAAGUAAAAGUGUUGCUAUCUUGUGUUAUCUGCUAACAUGUGCAAGCUUAUUGUAAGACAAGUUCCUGAAUUCAACAAUGCUGAUUGUAUAAAGUGUUACUGAGCACCCUGAAGUGUUUCAAGAUACGCAAUACUUUGCUUUUGCUGUAUCUAUUUUCCAUACAUUCUUCAAUGUAGGCAUGUUUUUUUCACACCUCAUAUAUUUAUAUGAAUAUAUAACAUAUUUCUCAGGCGUGUUCGUCAGGAGAAGAGAAGUUCUCUUAAAAACAUCAUAGUGUAUCCAGAUCAUGCUCCCGCUUGCAACAAAGCUGCUGCUCUGAAUGAGUGCUUGUGGAAAUUAGCAUGUUUGUAAGAAGGAGCAUGAACUCGAUAUUCUACAGGCUGAUUCAUAAUUCACACAACAUUGUCAGAUCAUUGAGAAAACUGGAGCAUACGUGGAGGAUGAUCUGCAAAGGAGCAAUGUCUGUGACUGAGACUGUUUGGCAAUCAGGGAGUUAUUCAAUAAUGUCAACACUGAAGGACAAUUGAUAACAAUGUAAAACAACAAUGCUGUGCAAAUGAUGUUUCACCCUGUAUGUUAAAACACACAUGAUCUUUUCUGGCAAAUGAUGCAGAUUAAUGUAUUUUCAGCUGAUUAUGAAGUGUGAAUCAAAAAUAUUAAAACAAUCAGAAAUGUGUUUAAAACUAUACUGACAACAAGGGAUACAUCAUAGAUAAAGUAAUGUGUUGUAAACAAUGUAGGGUGUUCUGUAACACACAAAAAUAUUGUUCUUUUAAAUGUGUUGUGUAUUAAACCGUUGUAUUACUUGAAUUAAAACCAAACCAUAACUUA